CCUCUAAUAUUUGGCACUUACGUGAUCUAAGGUGUUAUAAGGUUACAAAUGUUGUAAAACGCUUACUAAAGAUAAAAAAUAUAUAUAUACAAAUUUAGUAAGAACAAUUAGUUGGGUGUAACCUGAGCUUCGACAAGAAGUUCGUCCAUCUGUGCUGCCACCUGUUGAGCGACAGCGCAAACGUAACAAACCACGUGACUUGUCUCGACGAUCAUUUUUUUGGUGUUUGACUGCGCAUGUCCAAACGGUUGAUUUCAGAAGAAAAUCAAGAUGGCGCGAAGUGAGGUCUGAACGCAAAAAUUGAACAAAUCUUUCCUCUACAAGGCUAUUCCUUCGUAUUUUCAAGCUCGAAUUUAUCUAGCAUUCCAGAAACUGUUACCAUGGACGCCGAAGACAACGAGAGUGUCUCACCCUCAACAGAACUGACAUUAACAGGGGAGGAUGGAAGUUCCAAUGGUGUUCUUGAUGGAGCUUUGGAAGAUGACCAUGCAGUUGAUGUCUGUCAUAUUUGUGACGACAAAAUGAAGUCGCCAAAAAUCUUGUCUUGCUUGCAUGAAUUUUGCGAAGACUGCCUGAAGAAGAAACUUGAGGAAGAGAAAACAGAAGAAAAUUCAUCCCCUACAAGUCCACUUGCUAAAGAAUGGAUGACUGAUUCCAUAAAGUGUCCUUCCUGUGAGCAAAAGACAAGAUUAGGAGAGAAAGGAAUUUCAGGUCUUCUUUCAGACACGGUGUUGGAAGAUAUGAUUGAGUCAGAUUCCAGUGAAAAGAAACAGAUUGGCUGCACCAGCUGCAAAGCUGGAGACAAUGCUGUUGCCAGAUGCAGAACUUGUGAAAAUUUGCUUUGCCCUAAUUGUGUUACUGCGCAUCAGUUCAUGAGAUGCUUUGAGGAUCAUAAGGUUGUGACUUUUGAUGAAAUGGUUUCAAGUGGGGAAGGAAUUGAUCACUUGAGGAAGCCUAUUUUCUGCUCUGUGCAUACAGUUGAGACAAUCAAGUUUUUCUGCUGUCUCUGUGUGGUACCAGCAUGCCAGGAAUGUGUUCAGAAGUCUCACAGCACUCCAGAACACAAUGUGAAACAGCUUUCAGAGGCUAUCAGUAGCAAGAAAGAAACUCUGGACAAGUUCACCGCAGAAUGUGGGAAGAAACUUGAUGAAUGUCAGAAAAUCAGCUCCAAUCUCAAUUUGGCUUUUGAGGAACUGGAGAUGCAAAAGGACAACACCAAAGGCUUAAUUGAAGAGACCUUUCAGAGCUACAAAGCAGUUUUGGAAGAGACAAGGAAUGCAUUUUUGAAAGAGCUUGAUGAGUUGCACGAGAAACGAGAGUUGUGCUUAAUGGAGCGCACUCACAAGUUGUCCAACUUCGAGAACCAGUUGUCCCAGGCAAAAGGCUUUGUAGAUCGUGUUUGUGAACAUGGUCAUGCGGGCCAAAUUGCUCAACUCCUGCAAAUGAUGUUGACCCAGCUAAAUACUUUGUGCAUGGGUUUCAUUAUGCCAGACAUACCAGCCAACACAGAAUUCAAGACUGAUGCCCCAUCUUUCAGCAAUGCUGUGAAAAGCACUUUUGGAUAUUUUUCAAAAGAGAAAGGGGAAAUGGCCCAGAGUGGGAUGCAGCUACAGUCCCCGUUUGAGAAUGAAGGCUUCUCUCUACCAAACAUGCUUUCUGUGGGGAGUAACCUGAUUCAGUCUCCAAGCAACCAAGAACUGAUGAAUCUUGGGAAUUUACGAGGGGGUGCCAUGAACAUGGGCAUGGGCCAAGGCAUAGAUAGUCUGCCUCUUGCAGGCAUAUCUGGCCUGAGCAAUGUGGCUCUGUCGCAGCACCACGACGGCACAGUGUCUGGCAACAACAGUCCUUUAUCAGACAGUGGUAUUUCUGUGGACAAUGUCAGUCACAGCAGUGGUGGCAAUGCUGCCAUGAUGAAUGCAGCUGCUAUGGCCAAGCUCCACCAAAGUCAAAGUCCUCUGUUUGCUCCAGGGAUGAGCAUGUCUGGCCCUAUUGUGGGAGCACAAGGCAAUGCUAUCACUUCUGGAUCAGGCGAUAAUUCCUUGGCCAGUAUUCUGGGGGCUGCGACUCCGGUCUCCAGUACUUCAGCAGCAACAGUUCAGAGUGCUAAUAUUGAAGGGCUUGCCUCUUUGCUAAAUCAGCCUCCACCUCCAACUAUUAACACCUUUAACAGCAUUGGCUCGAUUGAUCAUUUCAAUGCUGCUGCACCUGUUCCUCCAGAACUGGGUUCUCCAAACUUCUCCAAUGAACCGUAUCCUCCUGUCAGGCGUUCAAGCAAAACGAAUGCCAUGCAGAUCAGCAGAUUCCCGAGUGGCAUGGGCGACACGGAGAUUGGCCACUGGGGACCCCAGCACAAACAAGUCAAUGAAGUGCCCCUGAGAUGCAAGUUUGGUCAGCUUGGUCCUGGAAAGGGCCAGUUCAACUCACCCCAUGGCUUUUGUUUAGGCAUUGAUGAGGAUAUAGUUGUGGCUGACACCAAUAACCAUCGUGUCCAGGUGUUUCAGAAGGGUGGAGAAUUCAAGUACCAAUUUGGAAUCCCAGGUCGUGAAGAAGGGCAACUGUGGUAUCCACGCAAAGUGGCUGUAAUUUUGAAGACAGGAAAGUUUGUCGUCUGCGACCGUGGCAAUGAGAGGUCCAGAAUGCAAAUUUUUAACAGGAAUGGGAACUUCUUGCGCAAAAUUGCAAUCCGCUACAUUGACAUUGUUGCUGGUCUUGCUAUCACACCAGAAGGUUAUAUUGUUGCUGUGGACAGUGUGUCACCGACCGUGUUUUGGAUCUCGGAAACUGGGGAUCUUCUGAAAUGGUUUGAUUGCAGUGAUUUCAUGCGGGAACCAUCAGAUAUUGCCAUCAACAACUACGAGUAUUUUGUUUGUGAUUUCAAAGGCCACUGUGUUGUAGUCUUCUCAAAGGAUGGGCAGUUCCUUCGCCGCAUUGGUUGUGAGAACAUAACCAACUACCCCAAUGGAAUUGACAUCAGUGGUCAUGGAGAUGUGCUUAUUGGUGACAGUCACGGCAACCGCUUCCACGUGGGAGUCUUUCAGAGAGACGGAUCCCUCAUCAGUGAAUUUCAGUGUCCCUACGUGAAGGUCAGUCGUUGCUGUGGACUCAAGAUAACUUCUGAAGGAUAUAUUGUCACCUUGGCCAAGAACAACCACCACGUGCUGGUGCUGAACACUCUGUACAUCAACUAGAGCUCCCCCAGUGCUGGAGACUGGCCAUGUCACGGUAGACGAGUGAUGUUCAGCUUUCUCUACUGGUCUGCAACUGGGUUGUAAAUAACCUUUUUAGGGGUAAGACGCGUAAUGUAUGGAGUGUGUACAGGAAGCUUGAAGGAAUGUUGUCAUGGAGGAUUUCCUCACUGUUUUGUCAAAAAUUAAUUGCCACAUCUUGCAGGAUAUGCUUCACUCAGCACGGACGACGUAAAAAUUGAAUGUUGGCUUUUUGAAAUAUGAUUUUUGUUUUCUUUUCCUCCCAUUAAGCUCAAGAUGAAAAAUCUCAUCUUGUUGCUCCUAAGUUUGAUAGAAUUAAUUUUUGCAUCUAAUUUUUUUUGUCCUAUGUAUUAUUAGUGGAGCUUGGAAAGAAAGUGUAAUUAGUGUUUGCCAGAUGAGGAAUGAUCUUAUGAAACAUUUUUUUAAAGUUGUUCUAACAUUGUUUUGUUAAAUGCAGUAUUGUUUCAGAAUUCACUUUUGUAAAUGGAUGUGUAAAUGUAUUGGUUUGUGUGAUGGUGGGAAAAUGGGGAAAUAUGUCAGCAUGACCGGAGAUUUAACUGUAGGUUAUUCUAUAUAAAUGUACAUAUACAAUAUUUUGUUUAUUAUUGAAUUUAGUGUGGAUUAUUUGACGAGGAGGUUGAAGUGAGAAAAUGUUCCAUGUACCAUGAGCAAUUACACAGGCAUUUGUUCAUUCAUGUGACACCGAGAAAUGCUCUCCUUAUUGUCUUUUUUUUUCCUCUUGAAAAAAGAAAAAAAAUGUGUAACCCUGGUUUAAAGGAAAAAUCAAUUUUCAGUGCCAUUAAAUUGAUGAAAGGAAACUUCUGUGCCAUCGAAAUCUAAAUGUUGACAAGUUUUGAAAAUAGUUGUUUAUUUGAAGAUUAGGUUUGAAAUACCUUUUGCAAUCGGAUGUACUGAUUGCUGUGGCAUGGUUGAUUAUGAACUUAAUUGGCCACUGGAAGUUUGAGAUUUGAACUCAUGUUGGGUCAGGGUUUUCUUUUCCCUCUUUGGAUGAUUUCCCCUCAGACCGGUGCCCCAAUGAGGAGUGAGAUACGGCCUUCGAAAUUAUUUUUGUGUCUAUUAUGGAGUCAAACAAAAACAUCUGAAGGAUUGUAGCAUUUUUUUCAAGUCUUUUAUCCCACAGUGAUUGCAAUUUCUUUCUUUAUGUCAUAUUGUUUACUAUUUUUAAGUAUACUUUGUCAUAAUAUUCAUAUACUUAAUUCCCAGUACCCAUUUUCCCUGAAAGUUAGAUGAUUUUUUUUUUUUGAGUUGUUUGUAGAAGACAUUGUCUCUAUAAAUCUGUAAUAUUUGACAAACGUGCUCAAAGAGUCUUUUUAUCUUCAGUGACUGUUGUUAUAUUGACAACUAUUUUUAUGUCCUCCAUAUCUACUCUUACCAAUCUCCCACCUCCCCUCUUUUUAACACAUCGUUCAUCUUCACACAGUAUUAUUAUUGUUGUUGUUUAAAAGAAUUAUUACAGAAUAACAAGCAGUUGUCCUCAGAUUGUAAGGAUGAUAGUCCUUACAGCUGACGGUUCAAAAAGAAGAAGCGUGAUAUUAUUCUCCCUUUAUUCGCUUAAAGCUAUGCAUAUUGGGGCGCUUCUUAUAUUUCUUGUCCCUUGUGCCCAAAGAAAUUUUACACUGGAAUUUUGGUAGGGGGAAACACAUUCCAUGUAAAGAUCAAAGUACUGUUACAUAUUUUCCCCAUUGUUCUCAGGCCAAUAUUUUAUCAUGUGUGUUACUUCCGAAGGGCAUAAAGCAAAACAAUGUUAAAAUUCAGAUGAUGGAAAUAAGCUCUUUUUUAAGUGGUGUAGAUCUUUCAGGCAAUUUGGUUUUUUAAGUACCAGUACGCAUAUUUGCCCUUUUUAGGGACGAAAAUUUAGCCACUUUUUGGAUUAUAUACACAGGAGCAGUGAAAUUUAUCAUAUCAUACAACUGAUCAGUAAAACCAAGGUGCACACUGUAUAUGAUAAUUGUUUAUCUUCUGGUGUAGCUUAUCAAAUUUUCCUGAAAUAUGUGCCAAUACUAUAUUUGAUGUUUUAUUAUUUUAUUGUUUGUGAAGCAGAUAUACAUUCAGACCUUUACAGAGACCUAUUUCCUCUGUGAGGGCUCCUGAAUAUACAAGGGUGUUUCUCUUCUUGCUCUCCCAUAUUUUAGGAAAAUAAAUUUAAAUCAAGAGGAAAAUUCAUCGGCGGUUUAAACGAUGGAUGCCUCUUUAAUGUUUCUUUCAGCAAGUUGUUUUUUCUUUUAAUAUACUUGUUCACUGAAAAAGAACAUGUGUGGUUUACUUAAUUUUUCAUAAUGGUCAAAAUAUAUAGACCAUUGUGAUGAUAACAUGAAACAUUCUGCAAUCUCAUCAGUAACCAAUGCUAAUUCCAUUUAUUCCGUACAUACCUCUAAAUAGCAGAAGUGAAACAAGAUUUACAUUUUCCCCCCUCGCUGUUAUUUAGGGAGUAUGAUUAUACUUUUGUUUUACAUUCAUCUAAUCUACAGUCUCUGGAGGGAAGGGGUAUGAUAAAAUGGUCUGUCCAUAGUCUGUAUACAUUGAUUAUGCAAAAUGCUUGUGUAUCUAAUCUAGUCAUAUAUACUCAUAUCUGGACAUGACCUUAUAAUUUUUCUGUUAAUUUUCCCCCUUCCCCUUUAAAUCCUUCCCCUUAAUACAUAUAUAUAUCUAUAUAUAUAUAUGACUUUUCUUGUUUUGUUUAUUAUUUUUUUUAUUUAUUUAUAUUUUUUGUUUUUGCCGUGCCUUAAGAAGAUUUUUACUUUCUGUUUUCGUGUUCAGUGUUGAUGAAGCUUUACAACAGAUAUUUAUAUUAUAUUACGAUACAAUGGAUUCCCACUCCCACACCCACAUUUUCCCCCCCUUUCUUUUUCAAGUUUUAUAUCAUCUUUUAUUAUAUUUUAAAAUGAAUUUGCUUUUAGAAAAAUAUUCAGGAUUGCUCUAGAAGCAUUAUACACCCUUUUUGUAUUGCAGGAUCAUCUUGCUUUUUGGUGGUCUCCGCUGCGGCCUCUUGGCUUUCAAUAUCAUGCAAGAUAGUUUGCUUCGUUUGAAAAGCAAUGGGUGUAUAAUACUUCUUGCCACUAUAUAUUUCAUUGACUGCAAGUGGUUUUUUUUGCAGUAACAACUCAAGAAAGUGAAGUUUAGCACCCACCAUACUUAUACUAAAUGCAAACUAUUGUUUAUUUACUUGUUCAACUAAAAGAAUCAAAAUGAAUCUAAGUAGAUCUCAGCCUCAGAAGUAGUGAACAUAAAGGUUGGUACGGCUUGCACACAGCACGGGGAAAUAAAGCGUCGUGUGUUCUAUUGCCCCCCUUUCUCUAUCCCAGUUUAUGCUGAAAUUUAUUAUUUUUUAUUGGUAUUCCAGACAUCUAUUUAUCCUGAACCAUUUAGAGAAAUUUUACUGAAUUCAAGCAGAAAUAGGGGGAGGAAAUAUGGCUUCCUUUUGAGCCUAUUUUCUUGUCAUAACAUAUAUACAUAUAUAUAUAUGUCUCUCGUUUGUUUGCCUUUGUCAUUCAGACAAUCUAGGUUUCAGACCUGUCACCCGUCGCGGUUGGGUUUAUGAGAAAUCACUUUCAAUAAUGGCCUCCAUGAAACACAUUGCUAUUUUAUGUGUAAAUGCACGUUAUUCUAUUUUGCUGUUUCAUUAAAGCACAUUUGACCUCACAUGUUCGUAACUUUGCUGUUGAAAGGAAUUAAUGUUGAGGGUGAAGCGUCUUCACAAAAAUAGGGGAAAUGAAUGAGGGUUUGAGACAAUGGGAUUUCUCUGGUGGGGCUUUUGGCAAUAUUUUCCUGUUGAGGUCCUCCAAAAUUUUGCUGUAAAAAACAACAAACCCAUACCUUUUUUUGUUACCGGUAGUGAAUUUUUAAAAUUUAUUUAAGAAACCACAGUACUUGGAGUUACUACUCUUUCGCUUAAGCUUGUGUAAAAAGAAAUUUGAAUAAAAAAUAAGAUUUUUCAUUGUCAUUGUUAUAACAGAAGAAAUUUAGUGGUCUACCCAUUUUUGGUAUGGCUUUGGGGCUUACAAUUGAUUAUUUUUUCCCAACGAUUUGUCUCAUGACUUAGGAUGUCUUGUAUAUGUGCACAUGAUUCGCUUUUAACAAAGGGUUUGGUGAAUGCAACUCCAUAUAUGGCCCUUUAGAAAGAAAAGAUAAGGAGAUGGGAUAAAGGUUGUACAGUAUGAUUGUGGAGUCUGUCCAUAUUCAAUUGACAUCAGCAUUGUCACAGGCAUUUAUCAACUGUUUUUUAAAAAAAAAGAAUGAGAGAGGGGUGAUUUAUUACUAAGUAGACUUUUGGCAGAAGAAAAGCAAAAGUAAGCAACUAUAAUUCUCAACCUCUAAUAUUUGAGGUGAUUCAAAUACUUGGAAUGUACUAGCACACUGCUUAUGUCUGUUGUCAAGCAUUAAAAUGUAUAUCUGAUGAAAAGGGGGCAGCCCCGCGCCCCAAAGCUUGAAGGGUCAUUAAUUUUUUUCAUAUUGUUAGUAAGGCUGUCAACAUGACAGAAGUUAUGGUGGCCAGACCUGUUUGGUAAACUUAAAAGUUGUUAUCUUUGUGCUUCCACACGAUGACUGUCCCCAUACACUAACUGUGCUUUGGUCAAAGAUACGUUGGGUGGUCCAAGGGUGGCAGGUCUGAGACUGCCCUUGCGUUAGAUAUUUAUUUUCCUCCCUAGCAAUUACAACGAGUUUUCAUCACAUGCUUGUUACUUUAUGAUUACUUGUGAUUCUUAGUGUUCAUGUUUUCUAUUCCAUCUGGAUUAUUUAUAUUAUAUAUAACAUUUUAUUCACUCAUAAUAUGGUACUGAUUAUGUUGAAUGUUUGCUCCAUGCUGAGAUUUGUUUCUUAAGGGAAAGAAAUUCAACUUGUCAUAUUUACCGUAUUAUUUAUUUGUAAAUAGUCUCAGAGUAUAUCAUGAUGAUCAUCGACUUUCUUUUCUUUGUUUGUAUUUGGAAUAUUAGAUUUGACCUUGCGAAGCUGGACAAAGCUUAGCUUUGACAAAUAACAUCAGCCUCUGGAGUAGCAAAGGAAAACAGACCCUCACACUUUCAGUUACUCUCCUAUCGUCAAGGAAGGAAUUUUUGCUUUUGUUGAUAGCUCUAGUCUGGCCAUGAGAUUUCUAUUGUUUGUUGUUGCUUUCUUAAAACUUUUCUUAAAGCCCUGGAAAACAUAGAACAACUCUAAAGAAUUUUCGGACUGAAAGGGCUCGUUCUCAUGGAGAUUGACUAGUGAAUUGGCAGCCCGCACACUCUGUGUGUAAGUUUUCACCCUCUUUGCAGUAUAUGUUUUAGUUUUAGAAAACUAUGUUGUUUUCAAUAAAUACGAGCUAUUUUCUGUUUUAUCUUUGGUUUCCCUUUUGGUCCAAGUUAUAUAAACCAGGGAAGUUAUCCAAAUGGUUUUUACAUUUAGCAUAUGAUUUUACAUACGGUGCUGUAUAUUUUAUUUCAUGUUUCUUGUUUCGUUCAGCCAAUCCAACCCGCCACAUUUGCAUUAUGUGGUAAUGGCUUGGCUUUGACCUAAUAUCUCAUUCUCUCCCAAAAAUUGGGGCAAGUGAAGAACAAAUGUAAAUCUGUCUGGAUAUUUAUUUAAUCCCUUAGAUGCCUUGAAAUUCCGUAAUGAAUGUAUUACAAAACUAAAGUGUUUAAAACAAUAGCUUGUAGUAUUACUAGUAUGUUGCUUUUGUUGAAUAUUUUAGAUUGCAGUGUUUGGGAAAGUUUGUAAACAAGGACAAGUUACUGAGCAUUAUGUGCAAAAGUAGCUUGUCUUUUGUUGGACGGUAUUAUUAGAAAGUGACCAGCAGUUAUACACUCUUUUCUCCACUGAAUGUUUAGAAUUGCCUUCUGUUUGGAGCCUUCCAGAAUGCAUUUCUGUACCACACACGCCUAUCAUGCUUCUAUUUUACAGACUGUUUAGGGCAAAGAAUGUCCCAACUUUCAAAAAGAUUUUUUCUCCGAGGGAAGAUCAUAUAUUACGAACAAAUUUUGUGAUUUUGAGGAACUUCUAUACACUAAUUUGAUUGGGACUGGUGUUCUAAACAUUUACUCGCCAAAACACCAAAGUCUUUGUGUUGUUUCGCACACGGUUGACUCCAUUUUGGGUGCGACAUCAAAAAAAGAAGAAAAAAGUUCACAGCCCUGGUAUUUGUGUGCUUUAUUCUCUCUAUGUGUGAUUGAAAAUGGCUGCUGAUAUAUUCUUUUCUGUCCCUCUGCUGUUCCUAUAUCUAGCUUUUUACUAAUAACUAAAACUACCUUGCAAGUUUGCUCUUUCAAGUCAUUAUCUCAAAUGUCUUUUCUCUUUUCUUCCAGUCCAUCCAAUGUCCCUAAUGUUGAUGACUUGUUCAAUUAGUCUUACACAAAACUUGUUUACCUGCAGUAAUUCCAUGAGCUGGUUUUGGGCAUACAUAGGGAUUUACAACUGGAGAUUUUAUGUUACUAUAUACCCACUUGAAAGGUGGGGGCGGAGAUGUCUGAAUUCCUCGCUCCCUGCCUUAUCACUCUUUAUCUUUAGAAUUAUCCCAUCAAUUUUAGUUUUUCUAUUUAAAUGUUCCAUUUUUCUGACACGUUGCUGAUUGUCAUGUUUAUUUAUUUUUUUUCUUUUGUCAAGUUAUUUUUCCCCAUUCCUUUAACUGGAUUUCACACUCAUGAAGAAAAAAAUUGAAGAAAAAAAAAGAAAAAAAAAUACACAAAAAACAAAAAAAA